AUAUUUUCAUUUUACUUCGUCACACCGACCUUACUACAAGUUGAAAGAAAAUCACUAUAACAUAAAACGUAAUACAAACUUUUAGAAUUUAUAUUUUUCUUAUAAGUUAUAUUAUUUGAAUUGUUUCGUUAAUACCAUCCAGCACUAUGAAGCUUCUCUGUAUUUUAAUAACGCUUGCCAUUGUGAACGUUUCGCCAAUAAUGACAGCGUUCUAUGCAAAUUCGGCUUACAUUGCAAACAAAUGCAUCAUAGAGGCCUUUGCUAGAAAGCCUGAGAAAUUGGAAACUGCAAUUUCAAAUAUUAUUAACCGACAUAGAUCUAUAGAGACACUUAAUUUGAUGUUGGCUACACCGGAAAAAGCUAUUAUCGGAUUCACAAUUGAUCAUGAUGAUACAUUUAUUAUCAACUUGCCAGAAAAUAUUGCCAUACGUAAUCAGGAGUUAGUGCAAGAAGCAAUUUCCGAAGCUACAGAAAUCGAUGUGCCUACACUUGGCCCGAACGAAAGUUAUGUGAAUGCUUGGUUGGGCACGCUUGGAGAUGUCAGACGAAGUAUAACAGGAAAAAUUACAAAAAAAUUACUCAUUGAAGCAAUAGGCGACGGAAAACCAGAUUUCCCCAACUUUCCCAAAAUAUGUCUUCUAAUAGCUUUGGUCCGAAGUAUACGGUAUCCAGAAGCACGUACAAGAACCGUUGAUGUUGAUCCCUCUGGUAAUUUUUGUAUUUUAACAUCACGAGAUGGCAGAUUCAAAUACCAACCAUACAGACCACCUGCAACUGAAGAGAUUCAAUUUCCUGAGAAACAUAUUGCUGCGGUUAGGCCAGAAGGUCCUGAUGUUUAUACUUUUUUGGACGUUUUGGAUGAGAUAGAACUUUGGUUCUGAUAAAAUGUACCAUUAACCUUAGUCAGCUAUUAAAAAUGAUAUUGCACCUACUGUUGUUAUUGUACUUUAAUAAUAUUUAUCUGUCGCACUUCUGUAUUAAUUGCCAUUUAAUUCAAUGUAUUACAAAAUAUACAAUUUCUAUCAGUAACCUAUA